CAUCUCUUAUUAUUCAUAGCAUUACGUGUUUGGGUAUCAUCCUUUUUUUUUUUGUUUCGACUAAGCCAAUGGAAAGACAGAGGAGGUGGAGUUAAUUGCAGGGUAAUUCAAUAUAUACACACAGACGUGUGUAUAUAUAUAUAUGGGCAUGCAUGCAUCCACACAUCUUAAACUCAGAAAGGAUUACAACAGAAGAGAAAACUAACUAACUGGGAUCGAGUUUAUUCCUUUUUUCUGUUCUUUUUUUCCUAACCGAUUCUUUUAUUCUACCCUCUUUGUUUCAAAACAGAAGAAAAGCCAGGAGUGAAUAUAUAUAUAUAUAUUUUCCUGGUGCUUUCUAAGAUCUGGAAGGAAGAAACAGAAGCAGCCGGGCAAGUUAAACUUAAGUUUGCAUCCCGCAGAAAACUCAAGUCAGCUGCAAGGAAGGGAGGAAAAGCUUUGGCAGCUUCAGGAAAAAUAAAAGGAGAAAGAGAAUAUCUGUCAAAGCCCCCCUUUUUUUCCCCGAUUAUUUCUCUCGGCGACUUAAAAAGAAAAAGGAAAGAAAAGCGGAAUCCCUUUUCAUUUGAUCUGAAUCUUUUUUCCCCCUCUCCCACUUGGUUAAGUUUUUAUCAACUUCAGAGUUGCAACCAGCAAAAAGAGAAGGAGGAAUUCAGUGUUCGUUUUUAUUUUAUAUUUGUCCCUGGGGAAACUUUACAUGAUCGGUUGCCUUUUUGGCUGCUGGGUGUAGGGGAUUUUUUUAAAAAAAAUUAUCCCUGGUUUUCUCCGAUAAGGGAGAGAAAUUUUGGGGGUUACCCUUCCUUUUCUUCUUAAAUUGACUGUCCCCCUCAAAAAAAUAUCCAUGUUUCUUCUGUUGGUCAUCGUCUGUUUUAACCUGGUUUGCUCGGCAACCCAAAGGGGUCCUUCAAGCAGAUACGAUGAAGAAAUAAUUUAUCCUGAAAAAUUGAAUGCCACGUCGGUUUUGGGAGGUCAAGACCCAUCCGGCACGCUUGAGAAUGAAAAUUCCCUCGAUUACAACAUGGAUUCGGACCGACAUCUGUCAUUUCAACUCCAGAUGUUUGGAGAAGAACUGAUCCUCAAUUUAGAGAAAGACCCUAGCUUUUUUUCAAAGGACUUGACCGUCCAAUAUUUGGGCAGAUUGAAGCCGGUGGUGGACACUCUAACCGAACGGGGCAACUACUUCACCGGGACAAUCAAUUCGGAUCCGGAAUCGAUCGUGGCAAUCAACUUCGACGGGACCUCUUUGAUUGGGGUGCUGCAAUAUCGGGGCACCGAAUAUCACAUCCAGCCUCUGAGAGGGGGAACCCCGAACCAAGCAGGAGAAACCGAGGCCCACGUGGUGAGGAAGAAGAUGUCGGACAAAGGGGAUGGGCCAAUGUGUGGGGUCGGCGCGCAGGCGCCGGAAGGCGCGCCCAGCGAGGAAGGAAAGCUGUGGGAGAAGAUGGGCGCAUCUCCCAGGAGAACCAAGCGCUUUGCUUCCAUCCCACGCUACGUGGAAACCCUGGUCGUGGCCGACGAAGAAAUGAUGCGCUUUCACGGUGCAGGACUCAAGCCGUACCUGCUCACCAUCAUGGCGGCCGCCGCCAAGUUCUUCCGCCAUCCGAGCGUCCGGAACCCCGUCAAUUUGGUGGUGACCAGGCUGGUAGUGAUCGGAGAAGCCAAGGACGGGCUGAGGGUCACCUCGAACGCGGCCGAGACCCUCCGCAACUUUUGCGCCUGGCAGAAAGGGCUGAACAAAGCCAGCGACAAAGACCCCGAGCAUUUCGACACGGCCAUCCUCUUCACCAGACAGGAUCUCUGCGGACGCUCCAGCUGUGGUACUCUAGGCAUGGCAGAUGUGGGCACUGUCUGUGAUCCAACCCGCAGUUGUUCCAUAGUCGAGGAUGAUGGGCUCCAAUCAGCCUUCACUGCGGCCCAUGAAUUGGGUCACGUCUUCAAUAUGUUGCACGACGACGACAAGCACUGCAAGGAACUGAACCGUCACAGCAAUAGCCGCCACAUGAUGGCCUCCGUCAUGUCUCCGGUCAAUCCCGACGAGAUGUGGUCCCCGUGUAGCAGCCGUUUCAUUACCGAUUUCUUGGACAACGGCCACGGGUCCUGCCUCUUAGACAAGCCCCACGAACCCCUGAAACUGCCCGCCAUCUUCCCCGGCAACAAUUACAACGUGGACCAGCAAUGCCAGCUGAGCUUCGGCACCGAAUCCCGCCACUGCCCCAACAUGCACCCGCCCUGCUCCUCCCUCUGGUGCACCGGCCAGAUCAACGGACAGUUCAUGUGCCAGACCAAAUAUUUCCCCUGGGCAGACGGGACGCCCUGCGGGGAAGGGAAGAGUUGCAUGAGCGGUGAAUGCAUCAGCCACACGCAGCUGAAGGCCUACAAUAUUCCCACAAAUGGAGGUUGGGGCCCCUGGGGGCCAUGGGGCGACUGUUCCCGCAGUUGUGGCGGUGGGGUUCAGUACUCGACCCGCGAAUGCAACAAACCGGUUCCCCGAAAUGGCGGCAAGUACUGCGAGGGGAAGCGAACUCAAUUCCGUUCUUGCAACGUACAAGAGUGCCCAGACGGAAACGCUCUGACUUUCCGCGAGCAACAGUGUGCCGUAUACAACCACCGAACGGACAUGUUCAAAGAUUAUCCAUCGCCCAUGGACUGGGUGCCACGUUAUAGCGGCGUGGCCAAGCGUGAUCAAUGCAAGCUGACUUGCCAAUCCCAUGCCUUGGGUUACUAUUACGUGCUGGAGCCAAGGGUGGCUGAUGGGACGCCCUGCUCGCCGGACUCUACCUCAGUCUGUGUCCAGGGACGCUGUGUCCACGCCGGCUGCGACUGCAUCAUCGGGUCCAAGAAGAAGUUUGACAAAUGCAUGGUGUGCGGCGGAGACAACUCGCGAUGCACCAAAGUCUAUCGUUCUUUCACCAAGCCUCAGUACGGCUACAACGACGUGGUCACCAUCCCUGCCGGAGCCACCAGCAUCCUGAUCCGUCAGAUCAGCAGCUCGGCCACGUCCAGCGACGGCAUCUACCUGGCCCUCCGCCGGCAGGAUGGCUCCUACGCCCUGAAUGGCAAUUAUGUCUUGAUCCCCUCCGAACAGGACAUCCAACUUCGGGGCGGCGUCACUUUGCGCUACACCGGGGCCACCAAACCCAUGGAGAUGAUCACCGGCCCGGGACCGUUGAAAGAGCCGCUCACCGUGCAAGCGUUGGUGGUGUCCGAUCAGAAGACCCCUCGUCUGAAAUAUACCUUCUUCGUCCCCAAGCCUUCGAAACGCCUCUCCAACCAGUGGCUGAAGCAGAAAGCCCGAAUUUUGGAGGUGCUACAGAGUCGGCGAGGACGUAAAUAGGGCCUCUUGACACGAGGAUGUGGGGCAGGGGUCUCAAACUCUUCCCGUCCCCCCCAUCCCCACUUUGGAGAAGGACGGGAGCUCCCGGGGAGAGGUUCCCCCCUUGCCUGUCUUUGCAAAGAGGAUCCCCCGUUGUGAGGGACUCGGAGCAGAAAGACUCGAAUUGUUCGGCAAAGGCUGGUAUUGGGGAGGGGUCUUUUCUGUUUCUCGGCUUGCCACGGACAAUGCGCUUGGACGUUAAGCGAAGCAGGAGCCAGAUCUGGGACCAGGGAGAGGGGAGGAAAGGCAACGAAGCAGCCAGGAAUGGCCACGGCGGGGUUAAAUUUAGCACUGGUUUGUUAGGUUGAAUUCAUUCUCUCCGGGGAGAUUUGCGGGGGGAAGAACGUGGAAAAAACGGACGGAAAAGACGAACGAGAAAAAUCUUUUGGGAAAAACCUAAAAGAAGGAAAAUAAAGGGACUCGGUGGGAACAGAAAUAUGGAGAAGCCGAAGUAAACGGAGACCGAGCGUGGUCUCAUGUACCACGGCUGGACUUGGGUUCGCGUCCGGCCGUACCUGUAGUAUAUUUAUUAUUUCAUCUAUUUAUUGUGUUCUUUUUGGGGGGAAGCAAAGAGGAGUCGGGGAAGGGGGAAGAUAGGCGAUCGGCCACGCCCCCUUUUGAGACUCAAGCAGGCGGCCUCGCAGUUCCUUCGCUCGGUAGUCCUCGACUUACGACCGUGCCACCUGCGCGCCUAGGCAACGUCCAACGAAUUUUACAUCCGAUUUUUACGGUCUUUUCGGCCGCGGCAGUUAAAGUUGAUCCCUGCCAGUUCUUUAGUGAACCCGGUCGUUAAGCGAAUCCGGCUUCCCGCCUGGAAUUUUGCUCAUGGGAGGGUCAAAAAAUGGCGAUCACGUCCCUCACACACACACAGCACCCGGGAUGCCACAACCGUCGUAAAAUACAUCCCGGUUACCAAAAGAGCCCAAAUUUUGACCAUGGGAAUACUGCACCUCAUUAAGCGCGAGGACUGGUCAUAUGUCACUUCGUCUUCAGUUGAUGUUAGGACUUGGAACCAUCGUUAAACAAAUGGUCGUAAGUUGAGGACUGCCUGUAUUGUACGGCCACCGGUUUCUUGGGACAGCCAGGAAAGAUAUGUCCAUCUACUGUGUCUACCUCAUUCUUGGAGAGCUUCCUCCUCGGUUAAUGUCUUCUCCUGCUUCUAAGAAUGUUCUUCUGUCUUUGGUUGGUAGGAACCCAUCUCUUCAAGGUCUAAAUCCAACCUUCAUCUAACUUUUUAAGAUGAAAUUGCAGACCUGGGGUAGGACAACCUACCUCAUCCCAUCCCAUCCCUUUUGAGGAGCAAGGGUUUCAAUCUCCGUUGCUAAGGUCCUUCCAACCCUACCUUGCUUCCAGAUCUGGUUUCUCAACCUUGGUCCCUUGAACUUCAAGUCAUCUCGCUUCAAGACUUCGCCUUCCAGAAUUCCCCGCCCAACUCAAAUGUCCUCUUCUGGGUCUCAUAACCAGCUGGGCCUGGUUGACUCGGGAGACAACCCUGGAGAUCAGCUUGGCAGAAACUCCAUCCUGGGUCUACCUUGUUGACGUCCUCCAGGGAAAUUUGGGGGAGUUGGAAGUCCGUCCUUUUUCAAGAUGGUCAAGGUUGAGGAACAUGGCUCCCGAAGCCACGGCGAGAGAUCCUUUUUGCACCGUUGACCCAAAGGGUUGGGCCCUUGAAGGACCUCCAAAUUGGGGUGGGGGAGCAAAGUAAUGGAACAUCUGGAGAAGAUGACCUCGAAUGGAGAAAUCAGCUUUGCAGGCCAAUGUCCUUCUUUGCUCGCAUUAGAAGAGGUGGAAGUCCACAUGUCAACCUUGGCAGCUAACCCUGCCUUAUGUUGUCUACCUAUUUCUCACCUCCUUCUCCAGGAGGUUGUCCUACCUAAACAUCAGCUUGAACUUCUUCCUAUGCUCCUCCUAAGGCCUUUCCAAGUUCUUCUCUUUUGCGAACCGCUCUUCAGCCUGGCUUGAUCUUCUCAUGGGGGUCCCCCAUCCUAGAGAAUCUCCCCCAAAUUUCCCCCUGGAGGGGUGGAUCUAUUUAAACCCUCUGUAGAACCAGAGGGAACUCCUUCAAUGCAACCCAACCCUCCCCUGUGGCCAAAGGGAUCACCGACCGAAGUUAAUUUAAUUAAGUUAUAAUUUAACGGGCAACAGCAGAAGUCCAGGUCUCUCCUGAACUCCGAGGCGAGUCCCCCGGGGCCAGGAAGCAGGGGCCUGGGUAUCCGUUGGGUUAAUAAGCAUUAUGUUAAUAUUAUUAAUUAUGGUUUAUUAAUGGUUUGUUUUCCGAAAAGCAAUAAAAAAGCUGUUUUAUUUA